AUGGACGCACAGCCCCUCACCACCUCGCAGCUCGCCAUUCGCACGAAACAAUCUCUGGACCCGUCCAACCACGGUCACGGUGCACCUUCAACGCCGCGGGGGCCCGGGUUGAUGAUCCUUCCCGUGGAACUCCUGUCCGAGAUCUGCCGCCUCCUCUGCUUGCACUGCUACGCCGAGCACGACGCAGAGGCCGCGUUUGCGCCGCCCAAGCGUGACGAGCAGGUCGCCCUGCGAAGCCUGUGCCUGACAUGCAGGCUGUUGCGGACGGUCGCCCAACCGUUCCUGUUCCACGCCCUCGCCACGUCGCGGCGCGACACCCUUGGCUUGUUCGUUCGGUCCCUGCUGGACCGCGCCGACCUGAGACCGAGCGUCUUCCAGGUUGUCGUAACUCAGUCGCCUCAAGAUCGCAGCCCGGUCUACCCGCGCACUGGCCCCGUCAUCGAAGAAGUCAUGGACCGCCUGCGUGCCGGGGCGUGGCCGCCAUUCUGGUGUGACCUGAUCUCGGAAUCGGAAGCCGUCAGGGAAUACUUGUUGGAACCGCUGCGCAGGCUCAGGAAGAUGAAGCUAUCACGACGCAAGCAAUCAAGCCGGUGGAUCCUAAUCUCGGUCGAGCCUCCGGCUCCGGCCUACCAAAUCUAG